AUGCAGCUGACCACUCGGCAUAGUCCGUAUUACCUUCUAUAUGGGAGGGAGGCCAGGUACCCUUCUGGAAUUCCAGAGCAGUACGAGGUGGAGGAGAGCCGCGUAAAUGCCUUGGCGGAGGCAGAGGAGCUGUGGCCUGGCCUGCAGACCCUAGGGGUUAAGCAGGGUGUAGCCUUAGCCAAUAACAGCAAGAGUCAGCAGAAGAGGCAGCAAAAGAGGGAACUCAUUGGCCAGGAUGACCAGUUCCGUGUGGGGGACUUUGUGCUGGUCAAAAACAUACGCCAAGAGCAGAGGAAAGGCGGCAAACUGGAGAGGGACAUGCUGGGGCCUUUCCGCAUCUUCAGCUUGGAUGGGAAGACUGCCAGCCUGAAGGCCCCCGAUGGCACUGUACGAAAGUGCAUGAGCAUCGACCAUAUGACUCCAUAUAUAGUUCCUUGCUCUAGGAUUCCAGCGAAUCUGAAGGGGGAUGUAGGAGAGAUGGAAGUGGUCCCCCCACCUUCUCUGAACGUGGCCAAGCUACCUCCACUGGACCUGAGCUGUCCCCAGAAGCUGGACCUGGGUACUCCACCUCCACUGCGCCUGGUUACUCCACCACCAAUAGACCUGGGCACUCCACCUCCGCUGGACCUCAGCGCUCCCCAAAAGGUGGACCUGAGCGCUCCCCAAAAGGUGGACCUGAGCGCUCCCCAAAAGGUCGUGAACUCCUACUUGCACUUGCUGGCCAGAAGGGUGGACGGUUGCUUGAUAGACUCGCUCACCCUGACCCCAAUUUGGGAGGGCAAGAGUAGGGUCAAUGUUAAGAAGCUGGCUGAGAAGAUCCUUUUAGGGGAGGAGGUGGCUUUCCAGUCGGAUGCAGCAGGGGUGAAUCGGCACAGGCUGCACAUAGCACGCACCCUCCUUCAAAACACUGACGACCUAUCAGAGUACUGCUCUAAUUGCGGGUUCCGCUGCACAGGGAUGAAGGACGAGUGUGAGGAGGAUGACAGUGGGCCUGAUAGUGAUCCCUGGGCCCAUGUCGGUAGAGCCGCCAACAGAUGA